GGUAAACAAAAAUUAGUUAUGGAUGUCGCUUCACGGGAACUUAUUGCCGAAUGACACUUGGCAACGUCGCAGUUUCCGAGUGUUAAUGCAAGUUUGGUUUCAGUUUUCGUAUGAACGAGUCCAGGUGUGGACGGUGGUGUUCCCUUCUUGCACUGACUCGGCCAAAGUCAGGAUUAAUAACUUACUGAGAGGAAAUAGAGCAACCGCGACUUUUGGAUUUAUAUUUUUGUACAAUUCAUUGAAGAUCAUGGAAUGAAGUCUGAACAGGAUGAUGUGUACUGAUCCAUGCCACAAGGACCGUUUGUGUCCCAUUUUAAAUCUCGGUUAUUAAACGGCGUUCCAUGAAGUUAGAGUCUGAUGCUUGGCUUAUUGACCCUCUAUUCCAUUCGCAUGAACUGAACACAAAGUCACAAAAUCUGAGUAACAUAACAUUGAAUGUGACGCCUAAAACAUGAGGUUUUUCGUAAGGAGGUACCUGAAAUCCGUCAUUUACUUCAUUGUCGUGUUGUUUGUCUUCAACCUUGUUCAGAAGCAUGCCGAGUUUACAGAAAGGAAAGGACUUCUCGAAAUAGACCAUCAGUUCAGCCCACUGGACGGCGACUUUCACCCACUCAAUGGGAUACAUGCUAUGAGGGACGGGAUUCCCGAGCAGGAGAAUUUAGACGCUGGAGAAAAUGAAGAACAAGCAGCCGACGAUAAAGUACAAGAAGAAGACGCUGAUAAUGAAGAGGAGGAGGAGGAGGAGGAGGAGAACGAGGAGAACGAGGACUUUGUCGAUGAAUACGCAGAGGAACAUGCGGGACCUGACCCCGUAGGAUCUGAAGGAGGUCAAAGAGCAACCUGGGCACGGCCCGGCACUUGGAAAUGCCCAGCCGGGAGAGGUGGGGCGCGGGGACAGUCCCGUUGGAGAGAAGAACAGUGAGGACCUCCAGGAUUUCUUCAGGGAAAGGGAGUUGGUCUAUAAAGAGCGUAGGAACCACAUCCGGGAAGUUUGUCAUCGCCUGGGCCCAGAGGGAGCCUACGGUUCCCUUGAUAAGGCUCCUCUCCGCAGACUCAGAUGGCUGAAUAAGAAACGCUUGAUAAUGUGCUUCAACGCCAAAGUGGGGACAUCAACUUGGACUCAGUACUUGAUGGAAGUCGGGUAUCCUGGUUUACUGAAGAACGUCUCGCACUGGCAUUACACCGCAGAACGCCUCCUCAAACCACCCCACAAACGAGGAAGCGAUACAUCACUCAGCCUGAUGAAGGAAUACACCAAGAUCAUCUUAGUCAGGGAUCCCUUCGCUCGUAUCGUCUCUGCCUAUUUGGACAAAAUCGCUCGUAUGAGAUUUGCUUCGCUGUGUCGCUUCAUCAUCAAGAAGUACCGAAAGGAGACGUCGGAGCUGAACCAGCGCCAGCCCUCGUUCGAGGAGUUCGUGCUGUUCCUGGUGGAGCACACGCCUCGCGCGGACGACAUCAGAGCCAAGAGAGACCAUCGCUCCGACCGCCACUGGUUUCACUACUACGCCAACUGCGCCCCCUGCGAUAUUCCCUACGACAUCGUCGCUACCAUGGAGAGCGUCCACGAGGACACGAGAUAUAUCAUGGAGAAAUAUCAGUUGGGUCUCAAGGACACCGUUUGGAAUAAUCACCAAGCGAAGAGGUCCUCCGAAGAAAUGGCAAUCAAGUUAUUUCAGGAAAUCCCACGCAACCUGACGUUGGAACUGUAUCAGCGCUAUCGCGUUGACUUCUUGAUGUUCGGGUAUAGCGUUGAAAAAUACCUGGCCCCAUAGCAGUCGCGGCGCCCUUGGAGAAUAUUGGCGCCCGCUCGGCUUCGAGUGUUUCAGAAGGCUCGAAGUCUGUUGUAAAUAAAGAAAACGAGUGUUCC